AUGGGUGUCACCAACAAGAAGACCUUGACCAAGACGCGCAGGAAGACGAGGGAUGUCGACCAGAUCAAGGCUGACAUGCGCUCGCCGCGCCAUCUGCAACGCUUCACGGGAUCAAAAGCAAAGGAGGAUCUCCCGGGGUUGGGUCAGCAUUAUUGUAUAGAAUGCGCCAAAUGGUUCGAGACCGAGGUCAGCCUAGUUGGCCACCGCAAGGGAAAGCCUCAUAAGCGCAGAGUCAAGCAGCUGAAGGAGGAGCCUUACACCCAGAAAGAAGCAGAGGCUGUCGUUGGCAUUCGUACAGACGAUAAAGGCACCAACAAGGGCAGCGCCGAAAGGGCCCUUGACCAGGAGAUCGAGAUGGAGACCUGA